AUGAAUCCAAGUAGCAUCAAGAAACCUCCUUCUCUUUCCAUCGUUGCAGCAAAGAAUGCAUCAUCAUCGGGAAGGAACACAACAGGAGGAUCAGGCUCGGGAGGGACUCCUCCUUCAUCAACACCAUCUGUAUCCACACCUACUGUAAUAGCCUCCUCACCACAGCAACAAUUGCCAACGACUUCUCUCGUGAUGGCUGUGAGAGGCUUAUCCUUGUUAUGGAGUAAUUUUGAAGGUGAUUGGAUCUCAAAGCCACACAAUCAAGAUACAGAAGGUAGUUUAUUGGUAUAUUUGGAACGAUUAAUUGAAAAAUCAAUGAACAGCGGAGGCGUAUUGAAACGAUGGAAAGAGUACCAGCAAAAUAUGGAUGAAGAUGAAAAUGAAUUUGAGAAUACGGAAGAAUAUGUUAGCAUGUUGGAAAAGCGUGUCAAGACUACAUUUUCCGAGAUUGUACAUCAUAAACGAAAGUGGCUGGAAGAACGAAAGUUUUUCGAAAAUUUAAAUAUUUGUGAAACAUUUGAUGUGAUCACCAUGUCAAAUCUUGACCCACAUUUUCGAUACAAGAAUAGAAUUAGAUUUAGUAGUGACGAGUCAUCGAGCGGAGUGGUGUUUGAUCCAUACACAUGCUUUCUAGUGAGCUUGGAGAAUAAGACCACAUUGAGAAACGAAAUUGAUUUUUGCAAAAAGGAGGGUAAAAGAGUGGGUGACGAAAGAGUUUACAAAAUAACUUCUCAAUUAAUUAGCACUGUACAUUAUAUGCAUUUAUUUGGCGUUUUUCAUUCAUUGCUUUGUCCUGAGCUGAUUUGUAUUGCUGACAAUGGCGAUAUACGGUUAAAAGACCCAUUUUAUUAUCACAUGAUUGCAUGGAUCAAUGGAAAUAUACCUUCUACAAGCUUAUUUUUAAAAGACACACGAGAUUUUGAGAUCCUAGUUCCGUAUUUGGCUCCUGAGCUCUUUGCAUUGGCAUGCUAUGAGGACAAUUUCUUUAAAAGCGUAAAUAAUAAGUGUGAUGUUUGGUCAAUUGGAGUGAUAUUGAUAGAAUUUAUUCUUGGUAAUAGAAUGCCUUUCACGACCAAAGUCGACACAAAAUCGCAAUCAAAAGAAGAAUGGAAAAGCUCAGCAACAGAGGUUUAUGUAAAUAUUCACAAUUUUGUAGAGUUUUGCAAAUGCAAAAAUGAGGAAGAAAAUUCAAACGAACAAAACACCGAAUCACCAUUUGAAGAUGACCCGUUAUACAAGAACGCUUGGAAAAGAAUUCAGCGAUUUGAUAAGACGUUUAGAGACUUACUCUUUUCUUGCUUAGCUUUUUUACCAAGUGAACGUCCAGAUCUAGACUGGCUUAUUGAACAACCAUUUUUUGAAAUUAUUUCCAAAGAAAAACUUGCACACCUCUCCUGUAGAAUUACCAAAUUCCCACAUUUCAAAAGCUUCGAUGACAAGAUUCCCAAUUUUCCACAUCAUAACAAGGAAGUUACCAUUACCACACCUCUCACAAACCCACUUCAAGAAAAACAAAACAUUUUCAAAAAGAGAUAUCAAGAAUGGAAAACAUUGUAUGAAUCCAAAAUAACGCUAUUCGAUUUUUUCUAUAGAAGGAUUUUUGAUUUAAACAUUACUCCCUUCAUAUUUAGAAGUAAUAAGAGAAGUCCAGGAACAAGAUAUUUUUCAAAUGGUAUUUCACAAUUUAUCUUUGAUAGUUACGUAUUGAUUCCAUUUUCAUGCCUUGACGAUGCUGUGAGCACCAUCAAAUCCUACAAUAACAAUGCCCUUGGAAUUUCUACCACAAAAUCAUCACAACAACAGAUUUCAAAUGAAAGUCCAACUCCUUCUGAAGAUACACUCUGCCCCUCAUUGAUUCAUGUGUCAGGAGAUAUUGGAAAAAAGAGAAGUCUAUACAAUAACAAGGACACAAACAUCACAUGGACCAAGUUUUCUGCACUCAUUGGAGAAAAAGAUAUGGACUUUGCAUAUCAACAGCAACGAGUUCACACCUUCAGAAAGCUCUUGCUCAAUUAUCCAUUUUCUAGGGAUGAAAUUAUUAAGGAGGCAAAAAUAGAUAUUCCCUCAAUUUUAAGAGGUGAGAUUUGGGCAGCCAUUUUGGGAACAGAGGACGAUCUAGAAGCUGAUUCACUCUACUUUAAAAUUUCUCAUGAUCUUCAGAAACAACCUCUCUCUAAUGUGACUAAACGACAAAUAGCAGUCGAUGUUCCACGGUGUCAUCAAUACAAUCCUCUUCUGCAUUCAAAGAUUGGACAAGAAAAAUUAAGAAACAUCCUUGAAGCAUGGGUAUUCUAUCACAAAAACUCAAAUUUGGUGUACUGGCAAGGUCUCGACUCUCUGUGUGCUCCGUUCCUUUGUUUACACUUUGAUUUUGAAGCAAAAGCAUUUUGUUGUCUCAAUGCCAUGGUUAACAAAUAUUGCCAUCAAUUUUUCACGUCUCACACCAAUUCCACAGCCAUGGAAGAACGUUUGGCCAUAUUCAAAAAAUUGCACAUGUAUCAUGAUCCAGAGCUUGCAGGUCACUUGCAUCAUAUUUCCUUCUCACCAGAGCUGUACGCUAUUAGUUGGUUCUUGACUUUGUUUGCACACUCUUUACCCAUUGAGAAAAUCUACAAGUUGUGGGAUGCCAUUAUUUUAGGAUCAGCGGACUUACCAAUAUUUAUUGCAGUUGCAAUUUUAAAGCAAAUGAGAACACGCAUCUUGCAAGCUGAUUUUCACAAUGCCAUGUAUAUUUUCCAGAAUAUUCAAGGAGUGGAUAUUAUGCAAGUGUUAGAAGAUUGUAAACGCAUUGAGGAAAAGACACCUCGUGGCUUAACAUGCCCCAAGUGCUUGCAACAAUCACCAUCUUCUCCAUACUACAUUUCUAUUGAAGGAUAUAACAAAGAUUGUUUAUAUCCAAGAAUUACCAUGCAAGAUUUCGAAAAAUCAACACUUCCUUCCAUUUCAUUCAUCAUUGACAUUAGACCAAAAGUUGAUUUUGAUAAUCAUCAUGAACCAUCAGCAUUUCACAUUACAAGGUUCAAGCCUGAUGAUGAGGAUGAAAGUAAUGAAACUAGACAAGCAUCCUCACCUUUAACAGCAACUCGAUCUCAAGAUGCUUGGUCUUCGCUCGAGCAAGAGACCAAUGAAUACGAUCCACCAGAAGUGUAUUUGGGCUACUUGAAUCAACUCGCAGCAGAGUUGCAUUUCAAGAAAGGACUCCCCAUUGUGGUCAUUGCCAAUAAUAAGGACAUUACUCAACGUGACAAAAUAUUCCAAUUAGAGAAUAAGCUCAUGUUAGAAUCUAUUCCAUAUGUCUCUGUAAUUCUAGAUUACGAUCGAGAUGAGAAUGAUCCUCCUCUACAAUGA